AUGUAUGCAGAGACACGUGAGAUGGACAGCGUGGAAAGUUUUCAAUUCUUCCAGAUCAUACUUGAGAACUCCUCGACUAGGCUGAGGCUGCCUGACAAGUUUACGAGGGUGCUGCUAGAGCUAGACGGCGGCAAGCCCCAGGAAGUGAAGCUGCGGAAUGCCGGCCACGGGCGUCGCUUUUGGGACGUGAAGGUGGUGCUGGACGCCGACGGCCACAUGUACCUAGGGCGCGGCUGGGAGCAGUUCGCCCGUGCGCACGACCUGCGGCUCGGCUACUUCCUGGUCUUCAGCUUCGACGGCGACGCCGUGCUCACCGUCAAGGUGUUCGACGUGAGCAUGUGCCGCAGGCACUACCAGCACGAUGACGAUGGCAGUACCAGCAGUGGGAGCAGCAGCGACGGCGACAGUGGCAGCAAAGAUGGCAGCAGCAACGGCGACGGUGGCGGCAACAGCAGCAGCAUGGCGGUGAUGGGGAUCGACGACGGGCCGGCGUCGCUGUUCACCGUCAUGCUGAGGGAGUGCAACCUGGGCGUGAGGCAGAAGCAGUACCUGAACGUGCCGGUGGAGUUCCAGAACGCGCACGGGUACGCGGAGAGGAGCAAGGUGGAGCUGCGGAUGCGCGGCAAGUCGUGGUUCGUGAACCUGAAGCACAGCCCCCGGAGCCGUGGCAGGCCCCGCGCGUCGCUCAGGUACGGGUGGCACCAGUUCUGCGUCGACAACGGCCUCGGCGUCGGCGACACCUGCUUCUUCCGAGCUCUUGGCGAAGGCAGCGCCGGCGAGGUCCACCUUCUCAAGGUGGAGGUGAGGAAGCGAGACGGCAGCUUCCUGGUCUGA